CUUAGUUGCGUAGUACGACUGAGAAGGACGAGCAUUAUGUCGCACUUCAUAUUUGGGAAGAGCGUGAUGACAAAUUCAAUUCAUGCUAAGUACUUAUCUAAUUAUUACUGAUAAAUUUUGAGACAUUGUAAUUGAUUCGAUGCGAGUCAGGUAUGACCUGUUAGAUGCACGACUUUAAUGCACUAGUUGUUAAAUUAUGUUACAAAUCUUCUUCCACAAGGUAUUCAUGGUUUGCUGACCCCUAUAAGUCCAGUGCCUCCUUUGUCACCAUGGCUACAAUCCAACGGGUCUCAACAAAGCUCUGUCAAGUCACAAGCAUUCUUUCCGCCCUCACCAAGCAAAACGAUGGAAUUGCCUUCAUCUCUCGCCAUAAGACACCUGCAAAUAGGCAAUUUGUUUCAUGUUGGCGUCUUUUCAACCAAUGCAAUCCCGCAAGGAACACGACUCGGUCCUUAUACAGGGCGGUUGUUAAGUCUGGAAGAAAUCGAUAAAAGCAGGGAUAACUCAUGCAUUUGGGAGGUUUUCUCAAACGGUGGCGUCAUGGCAUAUGUCGACGGCACGUUAGAUUCUACAAACUGGAUGAAGGCUAUCAACUGCGCAAGGUACAAGAAAGAGCAGAACCUCAUUAUCAUUCAGAUUGAGGGCGAGGUCUUCUACGAAAGCAUGAGGGACAUCGGUCCAGGAGAGGAGUUGUUGGUAUGGUAUGGGAACGACUACGAGCGUUACAUGGACAUCCCGUUAUCCCAUAAAGAGGUCGUGCCAAAGAAAGUACAGAGCAUUUCCGAGGACACAGAGGGAACAAUAGAAGAUCCCGGUACUUACCCAUGUGAGCACUGUGGCAAGGUUUUCUCCUACAAAUAUUACAGGGACAAACAUCUGAAAUAUACACGAUGUGUGGAUCAAGGAGACCGUAAGUUUCCUUGCCAUUUAUGCCAGCGGUCUUUUGAAAAACGUGACCGUUUACGCAUACACAUUCUCCACGUGCAUCAGAAGCACCGCCCGCAUUUAUGCAACGUGUGCGGUAAGCGAUUUUCGCAAUCGAGCAGUUUAAGCAAACAUCAGCGUGUUCACAGCGGUGAAAGGCCAUACAAAUGUCCGCACUGCGUUAAAGCUUUCACUGCGUCGUCAAUUCUGAGAACGCACUUGAGACAGCAUAGCGGUGAGCGACCGUUUAAAUGUAAGCACUGCGGCAAAGCAUUCGCCUCACAUGCAGCACACGAUAGCCAUGUGCGGCGAACGCACACCAAAGUGAAGCCAUGUGUUUGCAGUAUAUGCGACAAAGCGUUUGCACAAUCGUAUGAGCUGAAGUUCCAUAUGAACAUACACACGGGUGCAAAGCCGUAUUCAUGCGAAAAGUGCGGACGUGGUUUCUCAAGUCCAUCUUCAAGAGACAGGCACAAACAUCAUUUCGAUUGCUCAAGUAAAUCUACUGGAAGCCUGUGGAAAGAUUCCGAGUCAAAAAGCUCUUCUCCAGCUGAUAUCAACAACAAUGAACUACAGGACGAAGUUUUUGCCGAGUAAAGCUUAUGCACAGACUGGAGGAGCCUCGCUGAACUGUAUCUAAAAAUGUAAAUAUAAAGACAUUUCUAGCAAUAGUUUGUCGAGCUUUCUUUAGAAUUGGUAUUUUGAAUUUAGCACAGUUUUUAUUUGCACUGGUAGUUGAUUAUGGCGUAGAAGGAAGAUUGAUAGCUGUAAUAUUAAAUGUUUUUUAUAGGAACAUAGUGUUUAGGCCAUUCUAGACUAGGCCAAGUGAAAAUCCACCAGUGUCUUGCAGUCUAACUGAGAGGGGAUGAGAGGACAAUUGCCGUCGGGCCUGGAAAAGAAAC